AUGCUAUUUUUAAUUAAGAACUUGUUUGGAUGGAUACUUCUCCUGUUCGUGCUGAAUACACAUCUUAAUGAGAAGUCGCACAAAUGGUUGAAAGGGCUAAAGGGCGGCAGAGUCCUCAAGGGAAUAGAGACCCACAGUUGUGUCCACCGGAAAGGAAAUAAGUGGCCAUAUAACGGGAACAGAUAUUGCAAGCCAAAAAGUUACCUGUACAUUCAGAAUAAAAGAAGGAGACACCAGUUUUACAGGCUCAACAGGUAUAAGGUCUGCUCGAUUUUUUCAAUCUUUGAUAAGAGCAAUGAGGAGAAAAAGAAGAAAGUGCGGGGGGAGCCAACCACUGCAGGAGUGCCACAUAAGGGGAUGCCACCAACCGAAGGAAUCUUACAAGAAGGGAAACCAUCCACUGGAAGAAUAGUACCAGGGGAGGUGACCCCUCCCGUGGAACCCCCCCCGCUGAACAUCCCCAACAGCAGCGAAUCGGAGGGAUGCAUCGAGCUUAGCAACCUGGAGAACAACCCCAAAGCGGCGCUCAAAAACGUGGUCCAGUACAAAAAGCAUUUAGAAAACUUCAAAGGCAAAGUUAUUUUAUCGCUUCAAACGAUCUUCUGUUCAUAUACAAAAGGCAUAGAUAAGCAGGAUAACUUGAGAAAGUUUGUCCUCAACAUAUUAAGCGAUUUUGAGGUAAAGUACCACAAGUAUACACACCUAGCCGAUGUGCAAAAUAUGCGCAACGAGAAAGUGAAGGAAGAAUAUCUACAGAGCAAUUACAAUUGCUUCCUCGAUAUUGUUAAGACCAUUGAGGAAAAUCUGUACAACCUUUUAUUGUAUAAAAUUCAGUCCAUCAAGUUGAAGGCAUUGGACGACAUUAAAGAAACGGUCCUCUCGCACAAGGAAAGCAACGCGGAUUACAUUUCCUACGUUAAUCAUGUUAAUAAAACAUUCGAAGCGUACGAAAAGAAGCUACAAAAUUUAUUCCCCUCAAGUUUUAAAUUUUCCUUGUACAAUAAAAUGAGCAAAAACAGCGACGCUGAACAGCAGCAACCCUCCAGUAUGUCCAAUUUUGUGUACAAUUUUCCAAUAGAAAAAUAUGAACAGUUAAUAAAAAAAAAUAUAAAUUAUGUAAAAAAAUUAUCACACGAUUUGACAAAAAAAAAAAAAAAAAAACUCAUUAAAGAAAUUGAACGAAGUAAAAAUUAUCAAAAUAUUUUACACAUCAUAGACAAUCAGCAGAAGCAAAUUGAGAUUUUACAGGAGCAACUCGAAGCAAACGUGGAAGGUUUCCCUGGGAAGUACUCCCCCUUUCACUGCGCAGUUGCCUAUAGGAUCCCCGACACGAACUUGAACGUUUCAACUCAAUACGUUAAGGGGAAAUUUAAUGUUAAGUUGAAUUGUAUUCCAGAUGACUCUUUGCAUUUGUUAGGGUCAUAUGGAUUUGUAAAAGCCCUUCCGUUUGGUAACUUGGGGCUGUCCUUUUCCCUGAACUUUUGA